UGUUUUAAAGCAGAAAAUGUGUAUAUUUUUUUUCAGAACGGUCAAAAGGAUAUGGUCUGGUCUUGACCUGGUCACACACUCACACUCGUCAGUUAUUUGUUAGAGGAAGUAAACACAAGAAUCGCUCCAUCAACGGCUCCUUCCGGAUUUUAAAAACUGACUAUUUCUUCUAAGUUACAUCAUCAUCAUCAUCCAUGAAGCCAGACUGGUCUCUUUUACCGGAGGAACUCCUGCCCAUUGUUUCCAAGAAUGUGGAGGACUGUUUCGAUGUUGUUCAUGCUCGCUCUGUUUGCAACUCGUGGCGAUCCACGUUUCCCUUUCCUUCUUGCCUAUUACGCCCAAGUUACUCUCUUCCUACUUUCGACGAGUUCACUCUCGAAAGCAAAGACUUAUGCACCCUCGAGAAGGUCCCUAUGUUCCUCUUUAGAGUCAAAACUCAUGCUGCUUCUACGUCGCCUUUUGAGUAUUUUCUGGGAGGCAUAGGCCGAGAUGAUCAUAUGGAUCUUCCAUCUCCCUUUCAAUGUUCAGUGAAAGUGAAGAUCCCAGGAUUUGAUCCAACCUUGAUGAACAUGGUCGACUGCCAGAUCCUCUCUCUAGGCCAUCAGUAUAGAUUGAUCGGUUGGGAACCUAAAGAUUACAGAGGCGUGGCUUUUCUUCUCCUAAACAAGGAGGGAAGAGAAGGAGAAUUCGUUGUGAUUCUCAAUUACACUAACAUUUUGAUGGUGUUAACAAGUGCGGAAAUGAAGUGGAAGCGGCUUGAGAACGUCCCAUAUGCUAUAUGCUCAGAUUUAGUCACUUUUAGAGGAAGAUUUUAUGCAUCCUUUCUUAGCAGAAAUACUUUCGUUAUCGAUCCUUAUUCGCUGGAGGUGACUCUCUUGAUGCCCUCACCUCAAAAGCCACUAAACUAUAUGGUUGCAUCUGGCAAUGAUGAACUUUUUCUAGUUGAGGUAACCAUCCUAAAUUUUGAUAUAAUAGAUUUUAGCCGGUUCACAUGUAUAGUGAGUAGGCUAGAUGAGGAGGGUGGUAAAUGGGUUGAGGUCACCGAUUUGGGAAACCGUGUGUUGUUUAUUGGAAACUUUGGAAAUGUCUCUUGCUCGGCUAAGGAACUUCCUGAUAGUUGUGGUCUGAGUGGGAACUCAAUCUUGUUCACCAAUGAGCCAAUUUUCGCCUAUAAAUAUGGAGUAAAUACUGUAAGCCCGGAAGAAGAUCUCAAUUGUUGGAGAGCCACAAGGGAGAAUCGUGUAAUGAUCCUCAACACAUCUCCGAUUUUGGCUCUCCAAAUUGAGCGCUAAGCCGAAAAUCUCGCUUUGGGAUACUUGUGACUUUUUAUUGGUUUUGUUUUAAUUAUAUCACAAACAAACUUUAAACUUUGCUUUGUUUGUAGGGACUUUGUGAUCUCUCUUGUUACUCAUUGUUUGGGAGUUUGUGUCUUGUGUCACGGCGAUAAUGCUGAAGGCUAGAUAAUUUGGUAUUCAAGUCUUAAUAUUAUUUUGUUCUAAACUAUUUCCCACAACCUUUUCAACACCACACAACCAUGUCUCUGUAAAUAAUAGUGCGGCUGUGUUCUUGGUAUCACACGGUCAUGUAUAUGACGAAAGUUUUUCAAUUUUGCAAAACGUUUUUAAAGAAGUAUGUUUUCUA